UGUUCUCUGGCAAUGAUCCCCCAUUUUGCCUCUGGUCGGCACUCUGGUGUUACAUAACUUGCGGACGGCAGAUGACUGCUGCAGCCAAUCAGCGGCUUUGGUGGUCAUGCUCUGUACUCAGGACUACCGACUGUGACAAAAGAAGAGAAGAGGGGACACUUAUGACUAUGACACAUGGGAGAGAUGAGGGGACACUAAUGACUGUGACACUGGGAGAGAUGAGUGGACACUAAUGACUGACACUGGGAAAGAUGAGUGGACACUAAUGACUGACACUGGGGGAGAUGAGGGGACACUAACAACUGUGACACAGGUGGUGAUGAGGGGACACUAAUUACUGUGACACACAGGAAGAUGAGUAGACACUAAUGACUGUGACACAAAAAGCAGAGAUGAGGGGACACUAAUGACAGUUUCAGUUUUACAGUAAAGUGCACUAGACAAAACAAAAAACAGCCUCUGCCUUCCUGGUCCAUUAUACAGCCAGUAGUGCGGGAGCGAGAAAGGAUAUCAUCCUCUGAACUUCAGCUUUACACCUAGAAGAUGGACAAACCUAGUGAGAUCCCAGAGGGGAUACUAAGCCUCACGCUGGAGAUUAUCCACCUACUGACUGGAGAGGAUUACAUGAUGGUGAAGAAGUUUAGAGACCAUGUGACACCAAGCAGUGACCCUCAACUAUCAGAAGGGUUGUACAGGAACCAAAUCCCCAUCAUGAAACUGUCGCCUCUGUCGUUGGUGCAUGAGAAAAAGAAUAAGAUCCUAGACCUCACUAACAAGAUCAUUCAUCUUCUGACUGGAGAGGUUCCUGUAAGAUAUGAGGACAUCAUUGUCUGUUUCUCCAUGGAGGAGUGGGAGUAUGUAGAAGGACACAAAGAUCUCUACAAUGAUGUUAUAAAGGAUGACCAGCCAUCCUCUAUAGAAGAGAAAUCUCAUUAUGCAUUUCUAAGAGAGAUUUAUAACUACAAUAAAUUCUCAACCAUCCAUACUGGUGAACCAAAAAAGCCUAUACAAAAGUCAACCAAAGUCAUUGCUCCAAAAUCAAAGGAGCAACAUUGGAAACGAUGGCUAGCAGACAAAUACUCUGGGAAUAAAGAUGUGCAGGAAAAUAUGAAAUCUUCCUUUGUUAAGGAAGAGUCAAGAACCGUGUGUAAAGAAGAACUCCAGAUUGAUGCAACAGAACAUACACCAAUAGAUCAGACUUCCGUAAAGUGUGAGGAGUCCCCAACCUCACAAGAAGAAAGUCAUUUCACAGACUCCAAUGAAAGUUCGGAGACUAAUUCUGAGACUGAGGUUGAAGAUGACAUGGAUGCCACAAACCAGACUGAAAUUCAUCCCAACAUCAGUUGUGACCAAUGUAGUAAAAGGUUUAAGCGUAAAUCUGCUUUCAUAGCCCACUACAAGACCCACUCUGUGCCCAGCAGCUACACCUGCAAUGACUGUGGCAAAUGUUUUACAAAAAAGUGGCGCUAUGAUGUCCAUCAAAGAAGCCACACAGGAGAAAAAUCAUUCCCCUGUUCUGAAUGCGAGAAGUCUUUCACCUGCAAAUCUUAUCUGGCCAGGCAUCAGAGGAUUCACACAGGAAAGAGACCCUAUGAGUGUGAAGAAUGUGGAAGGCGUUUUUUUGGUAGCUCACACCUGGCACGACAUAUAAGACUGCACACCGGGGAGAAACCAUUUUCUUGCAAGGAGUGUGGCAAGUGUUUCACCGAUAAAGCCAGCUCUUUGAAACAUCAGCUGGUGCACACAGGAGAGAAACCAUUUUCUUGUUCUGAAUGUGGAAAAUGUUUUGCCAGCAAAGGGAGCAUUGUGGUGCACCUUCGUACUCACACAGGAGAAAGACCCUUUAAGUGCUUGGAGUGUGGUCUAUGUUUCUCUGACAAAUCGCGACUUUGCAAACAUCAGAAUACUCAUCUAGGGGUUAAACCAUUCUCCUGUUCCGAAUGUGGCAGAAGUUUUGCACGGAAUGCGCACCUCAUUAGGCAUCAACGCACUCACACAGGGGAGCAACCAUACUCCUGUAGUGAAUGUGAUAGACGUUUUACAAAUAAAGUCAAUCUUGUCAGUCACAUGAGGUCCCACACAGGAGAGAGGCCAUUUUCUUGUUCAGAAUGUGGCAAGAGUUUUGUGUUUAAUGCCCAGCUCACUGUUCACCAAAGAACCCACACAGGUGAAAAGCCUUUUGCUUGCACAUACUGUGAGACAAAAUUUUCCAGUAAACCAAAUCUUGGUAAGCAUAUUAGGAUUCAUACGGGGGAAAAGCCUUUCCCUUGCACACAAUGUGACAGGAGUUUCAGACGCAAGUCCCACCUAGCCAUGCAUGUCAGGACUCACAGCAAAGCUUUAGCUUAUUCUUGUGAUGAGUGCGGAAAAAGCUUUAAAUUUAAGGGGUUUCUGGACAGACAUACCAAAAUUCAUGAAACACAGAAAUUUUUGUGAAAACCUUUCCAUAGAGUAACCCAACAAGAGUUAUGUUGAAAGAAGAAUUUUGAAGAGAAGAUGUUAUCGCUUUCUUGCUGCUUGAACCAUAUAUCAUCAGGGCUGUCCCUGGCGGCUUCCCCCUGCCCCACCAGCCUUGAUUGAUUGAUAGAUAUUUUCCUGUUUGGGUAUAAGGAGAGAUCUAUCGAUCAAGGCCAACAGGACAUGGAGAAACCAUUGGGCACCACUCCGAUGACUUGAAAGUUAUAACUGGUUGUAUGGGGAAAGACUUAGCGUUUAUGUUAGACUGCACUGUAAUCUCACACCCUCACAGUCAUAGGUAUAAAAGGGUAUUCUAUUUGGUGGACAUCCUCACCAUUGACCACAGUAGUUCCUAUAUGUCAUGGGUAGGCACAGAGAAUGCUAAAAUCAUUCUACGGUAUGAGGACUUGCCAAUCGUGUCUUGACAACUCUAUGAUCACCAUAAGUAUGUCCAGGUGGAAGGUGGAUAAUGUGGUUCACUGUAUUGGCACUUAAUCUUUCACAUUUUAGUGGUGUUAGGCUUUAAGUUAUUAAUGCAAACUAUAUGCCCCUAUUCUGCAGAUAGGGGAGGGGGCACAAUUUGCACUUAAAAAAAAAAAAGAGGUGGGACAAGGUCAGGUUAUUAUGUAUAUACAUAGUCAUAUAUAUUGCGACCCUAAUUUGGUGGCAGUACUUGUUGCAUCACUCACUUAAAUUUUGAGGCACAAUUUUCAACCCUGUUUGCAUCCACUGUGCCAAUUACUUCAAGGCAUAGUUUUCUAGCCACUUGCCACCUGAUCUUGGGUGUAGGUUCUCUAAACCUACACUAGAUACUGAUGUAAGAACAGGAUGCAUUGUGUCUGUUCCUAAUGUUAUGUUGCCCUCACGGUGAAGGCAGCAUAACCUGACAGCUCAAUAACACAAUCUCUCUUAACGGGAACCUAUGUUCAGUUAUGU